GGGUAUCCGCGGGCGCGGGUCAUAUUGACAGCCCUAUCGAUGGGCCGGCCCAACUACUUAGUACACAUCCAGAGUUUACUAUACGGAUUAAUUCAACGGUAAGCGCCUCUCUCGUUUAACCCUACCUAUCUGCACGAUUCUCCAUCACGGGCUUUCUCCAUCGAUCCUGCUCCCUUACCUAUCUGCUGCGCAUCUCACGGCUGGUUGGUCCUCGCUAGGUCUUCUUCCUGAUUUUAGAUUUUUGUUAAUUUUCAGACAUAAGAAAAUCUUAUGCAGAGGUUCCUGACGAUUACACAUAGAUAGAAGAUCUGCACGAAGAGCAAACAAAUUAUGGUGAGAGAGCACAACAUUGAAUCAUUUUACACCAGGUUGCGCAAUUCUGCUUUGGCCUCUGCUUCUUCAACCCCUCUAUUAGUGUUCCCCUCCACCUCAGAUGUUGAUUCACUUUGUGCUCUAAAAAUCAUAGGCCAUGUGCUUGAAUUAGAUUCAGUCAGAUAUGCUUGUUAUCCUGUGUCAAGUUUUAAAGAGAUCCAUAAGUACACUGGGAGUGAUCUGGGAGGUUCAAAUUCAGCUGAACCAAUCACUAUUUUGUUGAUAAACUGGGGAUGCCAAAGGGAUCUCCGGAAGAUUUUGGACAUUGGUCCUUUGACCCGAGUCUUUGUUGUUGAUAGUCACAGGCCUAUCCAUUUGCACAAUUUAUGCAAUGAGAAUGAUAGGGUAAUUAUUCUCUACACUAGGGAUGAUGAGCAACAUACAGAUUUAUCGUAUGAUUUUGAUGUUUCAGCUUUGGCAAAUGCAAGUGAUUUGAACAGUGAUGAUGAAUUUGAAGAUGACUCUGAAAGUGAGAGUGAAGAAGAAGAUGAUGACGAAGAUGAUGAUGACGUGGAAGGAACUCGGAAGAAGAAGAGGAGGGUUUCUGGAGAAAAAGAAGGGGGUGAUGAUCCUGUUAAGCUUUUCAAGAAACUGAAAAAAGAAUACUAUUAUAUGGGCACGUUCCAUGGUAAACCAUCUGGAUGCUUAAUGUACGAACUCUCUCAUUUCUUAAGAAGAAACACAAACGAGAUGCUUUGGUUAGCAUGUGUUUCUUUGACUGAUCAGUUUGUUCAUGAGAGGCUUACUGAUGAGAGAUACCAAGCUGGCGUUAUGGAACUUGAGCAACAUGUCAACAGCUCCGGCAACUUAGACUCCUCUGUUACCUCUGUCACCUUAAAAGAUGGAACUAAGGUAUCGGCCCCAGAUUCGUCUAGAAUUUCAUAUGAUGAUGAGCCAAGGCUAAUGUUGUUACAGGAGUGGAAUCUUUUUGACUCAAUGCUCUGUUCGUCCUACAUUGCUACCAAACUGAAGACUUGGAGUGACAAUGGUAUUAAAAAGAUGCAACUCCUUUUGGGGCGGAUGGGGUUCGCCCGUGAUGAGUGUAAACAGAAGUUUGAGUAUAUGAGUGUGGAGAUCAAGAGGAGGAUGAAGGACAUGUUUGUCCAGUAUUUACCUGAAUUUGGACUAACUGACUUCUACUACCGUGGGAUUUUGUUAUUGCAUGGGUACAGUUCAAAACUCUCAGCUGCUGAUGUCGUCUACGGAGUCACUGCCCUUUUAGAAGGUUCCAAUGCUUCCAGACAGUUUGGGGAAGCUUACGACGCGCUUUCGGUUAAUAAUCUCGAUAAGCUGGAAAACGGGAUGAGGAAAGCGAUUAGGGUUCAAAGGGUGAUUCUUAGACAGGGAAGUGCAGCGAUAACCAAGAAAGGGUCCAUAGGGAGCGGGAGUAAGUUCAGGUGGGUCAAACUUGAGGAUUCGGCAGACACAUCACUCUUAUGUCACCCUCAGGCGUUGACCAAGUUUGGGUAUUUCCUCAUGGAUGUGUUACGUGAGAAGGGAGCUAGGAUGAAGCCAUUGAUAUGUGUUUGUUACAAUCAGGAAAGGGAGAAGGUUUUGAUUGUAGCUGUAUGUGGUAAGCCGCGGCUCGGGGCAGUUCAAGGAAAUGGCUUCGGGAUUGCUUUUAGGGGUGCGGCAGAGGAGACAGGGGCCGAGUUCUUCCACGAACUGUUUGAGUCGUCGUGGAUAGUGUUGGAUGCAAUUGCAGUGAAUUCAUUUAUGAUUAGGCUUACAGAGAAGCUGUGGUGAUGGUUAUUAGAAAAACAGCCUUUGGAAUUUUAGGUUUCUUAAUGUGGUUGCAGCUUUUUGCCAGCUUAAGAUUUAUAUGUUUGGUUUGGAAACAUACCUAUUUUAUAAGCUUAUUGUCAGUUUGUUUAGGCUUAGCUAUAACUUCAUGCACAGGUGAUGCCUUUUUAAUUUGUGUAGAUAGCACGGUUUUAAGCUUAUCUUUAUUUUUUAACCUGCAGGUUACAUGUUACCAUAUGGCUCUAGAAACUGGCUUCCAGGAAGUGAUCAUUCAUAGUUUGUCAUCCUUCAUUCAACUUUCAUAGUUUAUGAAGAAACUGGCUUCCAGAAGUGAUCAUUCAUAGUUUGUCAUCAUUCAUUCAACUUUCAUAGUUUAAUUCAUAGUUUAAUUCAUAGUUUCAUAGUUGAUUUUUUGACAGCCUAACAUGAUGAAGGGAUAAAUUUUGAUGUGUUGGAGUCACUGUGGUGGAAAGCUAGAAGAUUCACAACCUGGAAUUUGCAGUUUUUGUUCAUGCUAUGUGCAUGUUUUGUGCCAUAUAAUUUAAACUUAUGGUGUUUGUAUUUUGGUCAUGGCUAUACAUUAUUUACAUGUGUGGUUGGCAUUAAACACUCUAUGUAUGUUUGUAUGUUUAGGGAUAGUUUUGAAGUAUUUCAAGCUAUAUUAGUAUAUUUUUGGCAAACAGAUCUCUGAAGCAUACAUAUUUAAAAAAAU